AUGCGUGAGAAUGCGGAAGACCCCGUGUGGCACAGUAUGCGCGACGCAACUAGUUUCGCCGCACGGAGGCGUACCGUCUUACUUUUUCACCGGAAUGGCUCCGCGUUGGCAGGAUCGUCGAACCCUCUCGAGUGGAUUGACAACACGGAUGCACUUUGGCCGGGUGUCCUAUCUUCACUAGGUGCUUACGAACCUAAACGUAUCGCCUUGAAUCUCAACAGUGAGACUGGCUACGCUGGUGGUCUUGCGGCUGGCGAACUCGAGGCAUUGUACAAGAACCUCGGGGGUAUGUGGGUUGGCAGGGGCGUCGAUGUACCAGAGUUGGCGCUAGAGUUUCUUGCUAGACGAGUUGAGGGGCAAGAAGUGUACUACGCGCGCAUGAUGGAGACCGUAUGGGCCAUCAUCGAGGAGGCGUUCAGUGAACGCUUCAUUGUACCUGGUGUCACUACCACACAUGACGUCGCUUGGUUCAUGCGAGACAAGGUCCAAGAGAUGGGCAUGACAACCUGGUCACAUCCUCACGUUUCGAUACUUAAUGGUGACUUCCCCGACGAAUCAGUCGAUCGCGUCAUCUCUGAGGGCGACUUAUUACAUGUGGACCUUGGGUUAAGCUCUGGUCUACGCUUGCACACCGAUACACAACAUCUCUGUUACGUGCUUCGUGCAAGCCGAGGCGAGACCGAACCGCCGGCCGACCUAGUGGUUGGCUUACGCAAAGCAAACAGGGUUCAAGAUAUCAUCCUAGAGAGUAUGCAUCCAGGGAGGACCGGGAAUCAGGCAUUGACAAAUGCUCUGCAAGCUAUGUACGAAGAAGGCGUCAGUGGGCAGGUGUAUGCGCACCCUCUGGGUGACUGGGGCCAUGGUCCAGGACCGGUCAUUGGCUUCGUGAACUUACCGACGCACGUUCCAGGCGUACUCGGGGAUGCGCCGCUAUGGCCGGACACCUACUACAGCAUCGAGUCAUACGCAGAGCACACUCUCGACAACGGCCAAAUAUGGCGCUUCUUCACCGAGGAAGAUGUCUGGUGGGUUUCCGAACGUAAUCGGUGGGAGUGGGUGUACGGUCGUCAAGAGCACUUUCAUCUCGUUCGCCCGGCGGGUGCACCCCAGGUCCCCGCUCUUCGCGUUCAGUGA